GUCUGUGUCUGUAUGUAACGCGCAUGCGCACUGAGGCCGUCCUACAAGCCCCCCUACACACCCCCUACCCAAGAUGGCGGCCGGAGACGCGGCCUAAACCGCUGAGGAGAUUACAUUUUUUUGUUAAUUUUUUUAAACUUAUUUUUUUUAAUUGAAACAACAACAAUUUAAAAUAAACCUUUAACUCGCUUUGAUGGGCAACAUCGCCGCCGCUUUCCGCGAGCGUCUCGGCGGCGGCGGCGGCGGCGGAGGCGGCUGCGAGUGUGGCCGCAAGCGGAAGAGGCCACGACCGCGGAGGCUCCGCGAGCCCGGGGGAGACCCCGAGUCGGACUCGUCGGAGGCGGAGGAGGAGCCGCGGGGACCCCGCAGGAAGAGGUCCCGCUGUACCUCUGUAUACAUAUACAAGACUCUCUUCCUCCACGGGGAGAACAGCGACAUCAAGAUCACGGCUCUGGGACAAACGUGGAACCUGCACAAGAUUUACUUGUGCCAGUCACCGUACUUCGGCAGCAUGUUCAGCGGCUCGUGGAAGGAGUCAAGCGCCGAGGAGGUGACCCUGCAGAUCCCGGACGCGGCCAUCGACGUGGAAGCGCUCCAGACGGCAUUUGGGUCUCUGUACCGGGAUGAUGUCCUCAUCCAGACGGAGCGAGCCGUGCCACUGCUGGCUGUGGCCAGCCUACUCCAGCUCGAGGGUCUGAUGCAGCGCUGUGUAGAGGCUAUGCAGGACUGCCUCUCCAGCCGCUUGGUCUGCAGAUUUCACCAAGCGGCACUCACCUACGGGCAGAGCGCGCUAGCCAGCUCGUGUCUUUCUUGGCUCCACCACAACUUGAUGACUCAGCCAAGCACAGAGCUACUCAAGGAGAUCAGUGUGGACCUCAUGGACCUGGUGGUCUCCUCCUCGGAGCUCUUCGUCAUGCAGGUUGAGAUGGACAUCUACAGCCUGCUCAAGAAGGUGACUACACUACACUAUACACCACACACUAUACUCUACUAUAUACUACACUAUAUACUAUACUAUACACUACACACUCCACUAUACACUACACUAUAUACUAUACUAUACACUACACUAUACACUAGCUAA